AUGGCCACACCAUCAGAUGCCAGUCCAACCUACGUUUACAAGCUCAUUUCAUCAGCAGCAGCUCCACCUGAUCCCCUGCCCAAUCGGCUCCCCGUGAGUGACCUCGACCAGGCAUCCGGCUUCAUCCACCUCUCCACCGCACGCCAAGUCCCCAAUACACUCAGAUUCUUCUACAAAGAUCACGUCAAAGUCUACGUACUCCGCAUCCCCUACGACCCUGUCGAGAAGAAUAUCAAGUGGGAGGACCCAAAAGCAGAGGUAUGCGGUCCGCGCGGAGGGGAGGGCACGUUUCCACAUUUAUACAAUGAGUUUAAGCUGGGCAAGGACGAGGUGGAGAGCGUGCAGUGUUGGGAGAAGGGGCCUGAUCUCGGAUGGGACUCGGCUCUGCAGGCAGCAGAGGCAUGGCUCGUUUGCUGA